AUGAGAAGAGAUCACCAAUACUCGACAGUUAUGCUCGAAGGCCUCUCAAGAUUUGUGGGUUUAGCAUUCUUUUUGCGGUCCUGCAGGUGCACAAACGACCACAAUGUGCUUCAACAAUCUCCAUUAUUUCUUAAAGAACGGAAUGGAACUGCACCAAAAUGUCCAUUUUACGUUAACAACCACUUAUAUAAACGUGGUUACUAUCUCGUGGAUGGAAUCUACCCUACAUGGUCUGUGUUUGUCAAAUCAUUUCCAUAUCCUCACCUACUAGACGAUAAGAAGUUCAAGAAGCAACACGAGGCGGCAAGAAAAGACGUGGAACGGACUUUUGGUGUUUUGAAGUCAAAAUGGGGUGUAACGAAUUGGCCAAUGCGUGCUAAGACUGUGAAAAAAAUUAGAGACAACGGAAACGAUAUAGCACCGGUACACAUUCGGGAUCCUCCAGUCAAGUCCGUUCUCGAUGACAGUGUGUUAAACGAGAUUAUGGAUGAAGAUACACAUUGGAGACUAAAACAUGAUCUCGUGGAACAUCUCGGAAGACUAGAUUUACCCUACCCAUUGGUGGAAUCCGACGAAGAGUAG